CCCCAUGGCAACCCAAGGUUCGCGGCGGCGCGCGCUGGGCGCACAGUCAGCCGGUUGGCUCUCUCCGCUCCGGGAGGCAGGACAUGAGCUUCCGGGUGCCGGGCCCGGGCCUGGGCAAGAUGAAGCUGGACAGUGCGCAGUCCUCCCUGGACCAGGAGGAGGCCGAGGAGGCAGAGGACCGGCAGCUGCUGGAGCCGGCGGCCUGGCGAGCCUACAUGGAGCGCCGCACCGCGCUGCGCGAGUUCCUGACCUCAGACCUGAGCCCGCACCUGCUCAGGCGCCACCACGGGCGCAUGGAGCUGCUCCAGAAGUGCUCCUUCCACAUCGAGAUCCUCCCCAAGCACCUGGCCCUGGGCGACCAGAAUCCCCUGGUGCUGCCCAGUACCAUGCUCCAGCUCAUCGACCCCUGGAAGUUCCAGCGCAUGAAGAAGGUGGGCACCGCCCAGACCAAGAUCCAGCUCCUGCUGCUCGGGGACCUGCUGGAGCAGCUGGACCGGGGCCGCGCCGAGCUGGGCGCCCUGCUGGAGUCGCCCGACCCGCGACCCUUCCUGGCGGGCUGGGGGCUGGUGGCGCGGAGGCUGGCGGAGCUGUCGGCCGUCAUGGACAGCUUCCUGGCCAUGAUGGUGCCCGGGCGCCUGCACAUGAAGCACCGCCUGGUGUCCGACAUCGGCGCCACCAAGAUCCCGCACAUCCGGCUGAUGCUGAGCACCAAGAUGCCCGUCAUGUUCGACCGCAAGGGGUCGGUGGCCCACCAGGACUGGGCCAGCCUGCGCUGGUUUGUCACCAUCCAGCCGGCGGCCCCUGAGCAGUUUGAGCUGCGCUUCAAGCUGCUGGACCCGCGGACGCAGCAGGAGUCCACGCAGUGUGGCACCAUCCCCGUGGCGGCCUGUGCCUUCGACAUCCACAAUCUGCUGCCCAACCGCUCCUACAGGUUCACGGUCAAGAGAGCAGAGAGCUACACACUGGUGUACGAGCCGUGGCGGGACAGCCUCACCCUGCAGACGAGGCCGGGGCCCCCAGAAGGGCCCAGCCCUAGUCGGCUAGGCAAGCCAGGCCUGCCCCUGACCACACUUUCUGAGAGAUGAUUUUCUAAUAUUUAUCCACUAAUAAAGACUAUAAACACACAC